AUGAAUAGCCAAAAGCCAGAUGAAGAUAGUUACCAUCAAUAUGCUACACCAACUUCGACCCUGAGCUCCGGAUAUGGAAACUACUAUGGGGGCUUUCGACAUGAAGACGACCUCCCUGAGAAUUCAAAGGGAAGUAUUUCGAAGAGCAAGAACCCAAAUAUCCCGUUAUAUACGACGAUACACCCAAAACCAUUGUUCUUGCCGAGGAGCCCCCCCCCAUCGGCUUUGCCAGCCACAACGGCAGUGGAGCGGGCGCCUGAGGCGGGAAGACCUCCGGUGGAAGAGAAGAAAAUAUGGGGAUUGAAGCGCAGAAUGUUCUUCAUCAUUCUCGCGGUGAUUCUGGUCGUCGUUGCAAUCGCAGUUGGAGGCGGUGUUGGGGGGGCCAUGGCAUCUAAGUCAAAAUCAAAAUCAAAGAGUGCGGCAGACUCAGCUCCAGCUGUCUCGACAAGUUCAGGAGCAUUGAGCGGAACUCAAACCCAAGCACCAGCAACGGUCUCCCCGUCAUCCACAGCUGCCACAAACAGCGGCGUUAGCGGUAGCACCACCACCACAAGCUCAUCCCCUUCCUCAUCGACAUCACCCUUAACCUUUCUCAACAACGAAACUACACCAAGCGCCAGCUUCGCCUUCCAAGGCUUCGCUGCAGCCAACUACCUCGGGGACGCAACCUCCAUCAUUCACUCCGAGGGCGGCACAAACUUUUCCUUUCAACUCAAUAGCUAUGUCUGGCUACCAAAUGCGACAUCUUGUGUGGGUUGGUGGUGCGAUGAACGGUAUCGACCGAGUGCGUCAGGGUCUUUUGGCAGGAUAUUUGUGUGGUGUGGAAAAACGCAGGAUGACGCGAAUGCUUUGGUGGGCGGAGUGGGAUUCGACAUCUUGGAGAAGGGCUGGCUUGCGGUGAGUGGCAAGUUAUUCUUUGGGGGUGGGAUGGCUAGACAGUACGGCUUUGAGAAAUCCUCAGGAGGUUCGCUUACCCGGCAACCCCCUAAAUUCCUCACCUCACCCGGUUCUCCCCUCCUUACCACAAGCCCUCUUCCCCGCACAAGAGCAAUACCGAACUAUCCGUCCCAAAGAUCUAAACCUCAGGCUUCCCGCCUCGGCAAAUCUGAAAUCCAGGGGCUCCCUUUGAAGUGA